AGUGCAUAUAUCGGUGUGAGAGGUGGGGUGGAGCGAGGCGCGGCGUGGCUGCGCGGGCGAUGCGUGAGAAACUCGCGGCGCUGCUGCGUAGCGCGGUGCGUGCGCCGCCGGCCAGCGCGGACAAGCUGCGCGCAGGCGCCAUUGAUCCCGUCAUCGUCUUCCCAGAUGAAGGGAGCGUACACGAAAGCGGACUGGUAUGGCGCGGGUGCUCCGCCGGCUGCGACGCCGAAGACGGCGCGACAGGAGCGCUCACCGACGGUAACUCCAAUCCAGGAGACAAGUUGGAGGGGUCGGACUCAGCUCAGGACGACCCUGUUCACCUCAAGAGACGGGUGGGACUCUUCAGUGGGGUGGCUCUAAUUGUCGGCACCAUGAUAGGAUCUGGAAUAUUCGUCUCGCCCUCUGGGCUGCUGGAGCGCACUGGUUCGGUGGGCAUCAGCUUCAUCAUUUGGAUGGCGUGUGGCCUACUCUCAUUGCUGGGAGCGCUCGCGUACGCGGAGCUGGGAACUAUGAACACGUCGUCGGGUGCCGAGUAUGCGUACUUCAUGGACGCCUUCGGAGGACCACCCGCGUUUCUAUUUUCCUGGGUGUCAACUCUGGUGCUGAAACCGUCGCAAAUGGCAAUCAUCUGCCUGAGCUUCGCCAAGUACGCAGUGGAGCCGUUCGUGAAUGAAUGCGAACCGCCCGAUGCGCUUGUCAAACUGGUAGCGGUCAUUUCAAUAGUGAUGAUAUUAGCGGUGAACUGCUACAGCGUGAACCUGGCCACAAACGUCCAGAACAUCUUCACCGCCGCGAAGUUAGUCGCUAUCGCCAUCAUCGUGUGCGGCGGCGCUUACAAAUUGAUAUUAGGUAAUACGCGACAUUUACAGGAGCCCAACUUCUCGACUAGCACCGCCACCUUCGGCAACAUUGCCACGGCCUUCUACACCGGCCUGUGGGCCUACGACGGCUGGAACAAUCUCAACUAUGUCACUGAAGAAAUUAUGAAUCCAUCCAAAAAUCUCCCAUUGAGCAUUAUAAUUGGCAUCCCACUGGUGACUCUGUGCUACGCGCUAGUCAACGUGUCCUACCUGACUGUGAUGUCGGUGAGCGAGAUGGUGGACAGCGAGGCCGUGGCCGUCACGUUCGGGAACCGACUGCUGGGGCCCAUGGCGUGGCUCAUGCCGUUGGCCGUCACCAUAUCAACAUUUGGCUCCGCAAAUGGCACUCUGUUCGUUGCUGGAAGGUUGUGUUUUGCCGCGUCCAGAGAGGGUCACUUGUUGGACAUCCUCUCCUACGUCCACGUUCGCCGCUUCACGCCAGCUCCGGGACUUAUUUUCCAUUCCCUGAUUGCUGUUGCAAUGGUGUUGUACGGAACUAUAGACUCGCUGAUUGAUUUCUUCUCGUUCACGGCGUGGAUAUUCUACGGCGGCGCCAUGCUGGCGUUGAUCGUCAUGAGACGCACUAAGCCCCAUGCACCGAGACCCUAUAAGGUGCCCAUUAUAAUACCGUACAUCGUACUUCUGGUGUCAACGUAUUUGGUAAUAGCUCCGAUAAUCCAGACGCCUCAAUGGGAAUACCUGUACGCUACUGGUUUCAUAUUCGGAGGCAUGUUGGUAUACCUACCCUUCGUGAAAUGGGGUUAUUCUCUGCCGUUCAUGGAUAAAAUUACCGUUUUCUUGCAAAUGCUAUUGGAAGUGGUGCCAACGUCGACGACAUUUGAAUAUUAAAUCAGUCUACGCUGGACUAUAAAUAAAGCAUUUUGUGGAAGUUAUAUAUUAUAUUUCGUAAUCUUAUUUCGCAGAUGUAACAAUAGGACUGCCGGCGAAUUAAGUGUACUUAAACAUAUUUUUAGCAAUAAAUGACAACCUAAUUUUGUGAUUUAAAUUUAUACAAACCAAUGUUCAAACGACCGGUUAGAUUUUUAAACGAUUACCUACUUCAUCUAUAUAAAAUAUAAAUUUCUCAAUAUGUAAAUGCAGUUUUGAAAUACUUUAAACCUUAAAAUAAAUCAUGGUAAUAAAUGACAGGUAUAUAUACACAAACUAAAUAAAUUUCAAAUCGUUAAAAUUAAUAACGGAACUUGCAAAAAACAUUAGUACUUAGUUAGUCCAUAAGUUCUGAUACAAAGAUUUUGGCUGAUAAAAUGUAAUAAAAGGGUUUCAAUAAAAUAAUCUAGCUAUGAUUUGAAAGCUUGUUUAUUACUCAUCAAAACGUAAUAUAAUUAACUUAAAAUUUAGAACGUGAUUUAAUUUAUAUUCUUGGUUAAAUUGUGCUUGUUGUUAAACGCGAGUUAUGCAUCACAAAAGGGAGUAAAAAUAAAUAAAAUAUUUGUACGAGUAAGAACCUACUUUAUUAGGACAUUAUUUUAUCGCCAGCAUUUAGUUCUCGAACAAGUCUGUACUUCAACUAAUACCUGGGAAACUUAGGGUACUUUUCAGCAACAAGCUUAUUUUUGACUGCCAAUACUGCCAUAUAUACAACGAGUAAAUAUGGUAAAACAUGUACAAUAGCAAUUUUGGUUGUGCAACAAACAUGAAUUAUCAACCAUUAUAAAAUAGAAAAGUAAAUAAAUAGGGAUCAAAACACCCUGAUUAAGGCGCGUGUUCUUGAGAUGGUUUUUAAUGACUUUUUUCGAAUAUUAUAUAAAAUUGGUCUAAACUGAGACAGUAAAUUACGUUAGACUAUAUUGUGAGUAAUUUACCAUUAAAUGAGCUUUUAAACCAUAUAUUUGAAUAAUAAGGAAAAUGCACCUAUAAUUGUUUUAUAUGUAGAAAUAUUUUGACAAAACUUAUGGACGUACUUAGUAAGUAAUAGGAGUAAAUAUACUGCCUAUCAAAUUCACAUUCAAUUCAUAAAUUUGCUAGUAGUUAAAAUUACUGAAAUGUAAUUGUUGAUUACUUAAUGUUGUUAAAAAUAAUUUAAGAAAAGCAAUAAAUAAUGUUACUGUGUAUCGUUUUGCUACACUUUUAAUCGAUAUAAAUAUUAUUAGUAGGUAGUUAGUUAUUAUGUUAAACGAGUUUCCUAAAAACAGGUUUAUUAAUAUUUCCAGGUUUCUGGUUAGCUCGAUACAAUUGAUAUCUCCGUACGUAUUUGCAUUUCAUUAAUAAAUUAUACCUAUUUAUUUUCUAAAGUACAUUGUAGCGAAACGAUCCAUCUUCAAGUGUUAUCUUGACUGAAUGACGUGUUAGGUUCUAAUGUCGAAUAAAGUAUUGAUGCAUUGUA